AGUAAACAGGCUGCCAGAGGUAUUUGUUUUUCCAAUCAGUGUAGGUUUUGGAAUACCUAAAGUGUUAAGUUGUUUGUGAAUUUGAUCGUGAUGUAAACAAUGAAACAAAACCGACGUUUGAGAUAGAAUCAAUUGAUAGAGCGGAAUCGUUGACAAAUACGACGAGUGGAAACUAUUAGUGCAAUAAUACUUUAGUGCAAUAUGUUGACGCAAAAACUAUAUCCUGACGUUAAUACAAUGUCUACGGGAAGUAACGCGAUGUCUCCCAUGACAACAACGUACUCCAUGAAUUCCAUGGCAAUGGCCCAGAUGAGUUGUUCGCCGCAGACAUCUAUGUUCGGAUCGAGUAUGCUGAAUUCAGGAAUGACGUCCAAUAUGGCAAUGAAUCGAAUACAACCCCGAAUGGACCAGCCGAUGAAUGAACCUCCGCAAUUAGGAUAUUCAACGAUAGGUUCGCCGAUUUCUAAUAUGAACGCUUGCAUGGGUGCGACAAUGUCAUCUAUUAAUAACUAUAACGCGACUAUAGGCCGAGGCGAUUUAGGUGGUGGUGAUACUUCGCCGAAUAGUGCUUUACAACGGGCCAGAGCUGAUAAAACAUACAGGAGAUCUUACACACACGCAAAACCGCCAUACUCAUACAUUUCUCUAAUCACAAUGGCGAUUCAAAAUAGCCCGCAAAAGAUGUUGACUUUGUCAGAGAUCUACCAAUUUAUUAUGGAUUUAUUUCCAUUUUACAGACAAAACCAACAGCGUUGGCAAAAUUCCAUACGGCAUUCUUUAUCGUUUAAUGAUUGUUUCAUCAAAGUUCCUAGAACGCCCGACAAGCCCGGUAAAGGAUCUUUUUGGAGUUUACACCCAGAUUCAGGUAACAUGUUUGAAAAUGGUUGUUAUUUGAGAAGACAAAAACGAUUUAAAGACGAGAAGAAAGAAAUCCUCAGAGCGACGCACAAAAGUCCCUCUCAUAGUGUCGAUAGCAGUAGCAGCUCCGGUAAGAAAACUCCUGUUCAACACGGCGAAGACAAAUCUCAUCAUUUAGACAAAGCUAACGAUAACAUUGGAUCUAUGUUAAGUUUACAUCCUGCAAAGUUAGACGUCGAUCAAUUGAAUCUUCUAAACGCAAAUGAUCUGCAUAAUAUGCAACAACAUCAUCACCACCAAAAUAUGUCUCACGAAGAGUUAUCCGCUAUGAUAAACAGAAGUAACCAUCUAGCGUUAUCCAGCGAACACCAAGCGAUGCUGCAUCAUACUCCGAUGAACCACCACCUGAAGCAAGAGCCUACCGGAUACACUCCAUCGAAUCAUCCGUUUUCAAUAACGAGGCUACUUCCAGCAGAAAGCAAAUCGGACAUCAAGAUGCAAUACGAUAUGCAAUAUGCGGGAUACAACACUUUGAGUCCGCUGCCGAACGCUAUCCAUUCUCAUAGUACCAUAGGUAAUGAUUAUUAUAAUAGUCCUUCUUUAUACCAUAGUUCAUCGGGAACGACGUCAUUGUGACAGUAUCCUUUAGCUUAAAGAAAGUUUUCUCGAAUACACUGUUUGUAGUUACGUAUGGACGCGGUUUUGUUGGAUAAUUUAUAUUUUUGAGGCAAGUUUUAAACAAAUUUUUAAAUUAUUUAGAGUAAUCUCAUAUGAUUAGAAUAUUUUUAAAAGAGAAUAGCGACGGGGACAGUCUAUCAAUCAGCUUCUGUUAUCUAGUAAGAUAAAAAGCUCUAGAAUAACCGAUUAAAAACAAUUUUUUUAUACCGAUUAAUUGCUGUAUUAUCAAUUUUUUAAAACAUCUCGUAGAGUUGAAUGAUAUUUAUCUGCAACGUACGAUUGAUCAAGUAUUGGAGUAGAUAUCUACGAUUUAUGUUAUAAUUAUUUUGUAAUAUCAUACACGAAUAUAUUUUCAUUUGCCGCUAAAAAAUCUGUCAACACAAUAAAGUUGUAUCUGAAAGUUGGUUAAAUCAAAUAUGAAAUAUUGUGAUAUGUUAGUUUUAGCAAAACUUUUUAAACAGUACACUUAGUCUUAUAUAUUAUAUAUAAAAAUUUUAAUUUUUAAUUAUUGUAAUAAAGUAUUAAUUCCUUU